AUGAAUGCUCAGAGUAUAGAUUUGCAUUAUAAAGCCAAAGUUUAUAGACACAAACCGAGCUAUCUGAAAUCAACACAGAUACAUUGCAAAGAAGUAAUACGAUUAGGUCUUAUUACCGACGGAGGAUGGAACGUAUGUCAUGAUAAACAAUACAGGCCAUCUCACCCGUGUUUGGUGUAUUCAUUUGGCAUAUUCUGGGAUUUUAGUUUUGAUGAUGCCGUGGCAGAAACGUAUGGUUGUGAGAUCCACUCCUUUGAUCCAAGUAUGAACACUUCGGAUUUUAAACGAGGAAAUCUCAUAUGGUUUCAUAAGCUUGGCCUGUCUGAUAAAUCAGGAAUAUAUGGGAAAAACAAAUGGAAGGUAUCGACUCUACAAGAUAUCUUUGCAGAACUGAACCAUACUUCGAAAGCACUGGACAUUUUAAAAAUGGAUAUAGAAUCUAUGGAAUGGCAGUCUUUACCCAACAUGAUCAAAACUGGUGCACUUAGAAAUACUAGACAGCUUUCAGUGGAAAUUCAUAGACAUUCCGUUUCUUUGCAAAUGCUUCAAACAUUAAGAAGUAUAUAUGAUGAAGGAUAUAGAAUUUAUUGGUACCAUAGAAAUUUAAUU